AUGGCCAUGGAGGAGCAGCAGCCACCUCCUGCUCCUGCGCCGCCCGACCUGCGCUACCUCUCGGGGCUGGGCAACAGCUUCUCGUCGGAGGCGGUGCCGGGGUCGCUCCCCGUGGGGCAGAACAGCCCGCUGGUGUGCCCGCUGGGACUCUACGCCGAGCAGCUGUCCGGUACCUCCUUCACCACCCCGCGCGCCCGGAACCUCCGCACGUGGCUGUACCGGAUCAAGCCGUCGGUGACCCACGAGCCCUUCUACCCGCGGAAGCCCACCAACGAGCGCCUCGUCGGCGAGUUUGACCGCGCCACCACCGUCGCCACGCCCACGCAGCUGCGCUGGAGGCCCGCCGACGUGCCCCUCCACCCGGGCCUCGACUUCAUCGACGGGCUCUACACCGUCUGCGGCGCCGGCAGCUCUUGCCUCCGACACGGAUACGCCAUCCACAUGUAUGCUGCUAACAAGUCCAUGGAUGGAUGCGCCUUCUGCAAUGCCGACGGUGACUUCCUCAUUGUUCCCCAGCAAGGAAGGUUAUUCAUCACAACCGAGUGCGGAAGGCUGCUCGUUUCACCCGGCGAGAUCGUCGUGAUUCCUCAAGGUUUCCGCUUUGCUGUUGACUUGCCGGAUGGCCCCUCGCGUGGCUAUGUCUCUGAGAUCUUCGGCACCCAUUUUCAGCUCCCUGAUCUUGGCCCAAUUGGUGCCAAUGGCUUGGCUUCACCGAGGGAUUUCCUUUCCCCCACAGCAUGGUUUCAGCAGGACCACCACCCUGGAUACACAAUAGUGCAGAAGUAUGGCGGUGAGCUGUUCACUGCCACGCAGGAUUUUUCUCCAUUCAAUGUGGUCGCAUGGCAUGGGAAUUAUGUCCCUUACAAGUAUGAUCUGAGUAAGUUUUGUCCAUUCAAUACCGUCCUCUUUGACCAUGGUGACCCAUCAGUAAACACAGUUCUAACUGCGCCAACUGAUAAGCCUGGGGUCGCGUUGCUUGAUUUCGUAAUAUUCCCACCUAGAUGGCUGGUUGCUGAAAAUACAUUCCGCCCUCCGUACUACCACCGCAACUGCAUGAGCGAAUUCAUGGGCCUCAUUUAUGGGAUAUAUGAGGCUAAGGCCGAUGGUUUUCUUCCUGGAGGCGCCAGCCUUCAUAGCUGCAUGACACCACAUGGCCCAGACACCAAGACAUAUGAGGCAACGAUCAGCCGUGCUGGUGCCAACGAGCCAUUCAGGCUCAGUGGUACGUUGGCGUUCAUGUUCGAGUCUUCGCUUAUCCCUCGCGUGUGCCGAUGGGCUCUGGAUUCCCCGUGUCGAGACCUCGAUUACUACCAGUGCUGGAUUGGAUUGAAGUCCCAUUUUUCACAUGACAAUGGUGGAGUGGUGACCAGCGACGAGCCUGCUGCUGGGGCGGAUGAGAAAGAGUAG